AUGGUUCGACAUUCUAGUGCUUGGGAAACAUUUAUGACACGUUCCGAAGAAUCCAUUCUUACGGAACGGAAAACAAGUGAGAGUGGCAUUGAGACAGAAACACGUAGUGGUAGUAUUGUAAUGGUCGAUUUUGAUGUUGAAGCACCAACUGAAGCAACGCGUCGCAAAGAACGACUAUUGAAUACACUUAAAAGAGAGGUGAAAAUUAUUAUGGAAGAAUCCGUAAAUAGAAAAGCAAUUAAUGCUAAAAGUACAUAUGUGACGUCAUUAUGUGCAGCAGUGGAGCAAUGUUUAUUGGACGGUUUAAAGCGCCGUCUGCUUGGAUUAUUCGGCGGACGUUCAACUUAUGCUCUUCUACAUAACAUUGCCAAAUUUUGUCCAGAAGCAGCAACUGUGUUAACACUUACAAUCAGAGCUCAUGAUGACGAAAUUGUAUCAUGUCCGUCAUCAUAUUUAUGGAUUAGAUUUGCGCUGUUGGCAAAAAUAUUACCAGCAAUCAUUGGAUUCAUUCAUAAUUCUGUGCACUGUCGGCGAUACUAUGAAAAGAAUUCACUAAUGUUGGAUGCUGCCAAAGGCGGUGUUGUAGCAGCCCUACUCGUUGGUCCAUGUGCUAUUGACUAUACAAUGAUGGAUCAUCAAUGUGAUCCGUAUGAGGAACCCUUAGCCGGUGAAUUGGUUGAGCGACAUCGUAGCAUCCAUUCCUGUUCAGCUACUCCUCCGACACCCAAACGACCACCAUUAACGGUGAUGAAGCGUGGUAGUAGCAUAGUAACAAGCGUUGACAGCUGUUCAUCACCCAUGUGUACAUUUGGACGCGAUUAUGUGUAUUCAUUACAUCAGAACGUGAAAGCAUCAUUGUUAUACGGUAAAAAUAAUGUCACCGCGACUGUGUCACCUGAUGGACCCCCAAUGAAAGGUUAUCUAUCGCUGCAUCAGAAUUCACCGGGAAAUGUAACUGUGAAAUGGUCACCCAAUCAACUGAUGCAUUCAAGUUCGCAGCCAUCCUCAGCUUCUUGUGAUAAUCUUCCUUGUGAUGGUGAUUGGCUUUGGAGACAUAUUAUCAACAUCAAUAUCAGUGAUAUAAUCUACAUACAUAUACAUCAGUAUAAUGAGAAUUCACCGACGACAUUAAUUUUCGUUGGCGGUGAUGGCGUGCAACAUUCACCGAUGCAAUUUCCAGCCGGCCAUCAUUUGCUUGCUUUCCUUUCCUGUCUCGAAAGUGGUUUAGCACCUUACAAUCGACUCGAUCCACCCUUAUGGUUUUCCAAAGAGAAAGGUAAAAUAUUGCCGAAAUUACGACGAAAGAGCAUAACAAAGGAGUUGAACAUAAACCAUGAUGAAGAGAGCAAAUCACAGGAUUAUGUAUUUCGCUUAGUACCAACAUGUACACCUGCUCCGCUACUUAAUAAGCCAAAUUACUUAGAUGAAACUAUAAUUCAUGAAAUAUCACCAAUCAAUGAUUCGACUGCUAAAUUAAGAAAGCGAGACGAGAAGCGGACGGUGAGUGAAAGUGAAGUGGACGAGCUCAUGAGACAGAAUUUCAAGAAAGCAUGUUCUUCUAUGAAGAUGCAAAUCUUGGCUCGAACUUUUUACGGAUGGCUAGCAUAUUGCGGUCAUUUACGUACUAUUCGAAAUCAUUUGGCAUGUUUGGUUGAUUCGAAAACAGCAAUAGAGGAAACAACUGGUCCAGUUAACGAGGAUUUCUGGAAAGAAUGCCGGAAUAUAAAAUCUGAAAAAAUGGAGAAAGAAUUCCUAUCGAGAACUUAUCGAUUUGGCAUCAGUGGAAAUGAGUCUUUUAUGCUUCGACGUAAGGUUUGGCCAUAUCUACUAGGACUAGUGAAUUGGACACAAGAUUUCGAACAGCUCAAGAAUACAUAUCGUGCAAAAUACUACAACGAUGUAGUAGAAUGGGAAAAGAUCGAGAAAAUUAUUCGUGAACGUGAUCGAGAAGCAUUUGUAGUCGCUCGACUUCGAUAUCAUGUAUGCAAAGCUGAAUCUAACCCAUCAUUCCAUGGAAUAUCGCUGAACAAUGAAGUAUUCGAGGAAAAUAAUGAAAUACCUAAAGAUCAAAAGGAUAACGAUGAGGAAGAUAUCAUGGAAAAAUUCAGUGCCAAUUUACACCGAAUCGAGAAAGAUGUAGAACGUUGUGAUCGAAGCUCAGCUUAUUUUGCCAAAAAAGAAAAUCUACAAAAGUUGAAAACGGUAAUGUGUACGUAUAUAUGGCGGAAUUUAAACGAAGGUUACACGCAAGGAAUGUGCGACUUGGCCGCUCCACUAUUGGUUAUCCUCGAUGAUGAACCACUGGUACUAGCAUGUUUUGAUCGAUUAAUGCUCCGAAUGAAGCAAAAUUUCCCGCAGAGAACUGGAAUGGAUGAUAAUCUGGCUUACAUGAAUUCUCUCUUACAGGUGAUGGAUCCGGAAUUUCUCGAGUAUAUAACUGAAAAUGGUGACGCAACACAUCUAUCUUUUACUUAUCGAUGGUUCUUACUUGACUUCAAAAGAGAAUUCACCUAUCCACAAGUGUUUCGUAUUUGGGAAGUAAUUUGGGCAGCAUCCUCACUAGUCACUACUCAUUUUCAUUUAUUCUUAGCCUUAGCGAUGAUCAUCGCAUAUCGUCAUAUAAUUAUUGAUAAUCGAAUGGACUUCACCGAUGUUAUCAAAUUUUAUAAUGAGAUGGCAGAAAGGCACAAUGUUGACGAACUUUUGGAUUCAGCACGGAAUCUUUUGGAACGUUUGCAAACAAUUAUUAUGGAACUAGAACCGGUCAAGAAUUGA